AGGAGCGUGUGAAGACAAAGAGAUCGAGAAAGAAAAUAAAGUGAGAAGCAAAAGAGAGAAAGAAAGGAAGCCUCUUUUAAUUUUCUUGCAGAAAGUUAAAAAAACCUUCACUGGCUCCUCCACUUCUCUUAUCUGUAUAAAGAAACCUUCACGGGGGAUAUUCAUCCAGAAACAACCAAACAAACCUCAAAACGACACCACAUAAACACCCACCAAUGCUGCUAAGAAACUCCAUUUCCAGCACCAAAAAGUUCUUCCGGAAAACCCUACAAAGCUUCAAGUCUUUGUUCUCCGGGGACUACCAAAGGCUUCCCAAAACCCCUCCUCACAAACAAGAAAGCGAGGUUGAGGUUUACAGUGGGAGCUUCAUGGAGCUCUCGCCGAAGAAGAAGAAGAAGAAUCUUGUAGAAAGGAGAGAGCCGGAAUAUCACAAUCAUGGGGAUCAGAGGAAAAUACGAGAAGAUUAUUCAUGUUCCAAAAGGCGCACGCGCGGGGGAAAGACAAAUUGGUUGGUGGUUCAAAAGCUAAGGGAGCUGGAGAUGUUGGAUAUGAGUAAUGUGGAUCAUCUGUUGGACAUUGAAGAAGUUCUUCAUUACUAUUCUCGCCUCACUUGCCCUGCCUACCUCGACAUUGUCGACAAAUUUUUCAUGGACAUGUGCGCCGAAUUCUUUGGUGCGGCCGGAACAUUAACUCCGGCACGCAGCAUCAGUUCCAGGCUGGAGAAACAUAAUAAAUAUAAUUGAAAGAGUUUCUUUUGUUUUUAGAAUCUGUCUUCUUGAUUGGUUCGCUUUGUUCGUAGACUUGUGAUGAUCGAUCUCCCG